AUGUGCAAAAACCCUCUAUCUCCUUCAAUGGCUUCCUCUCUGGAAAACCCUAAUCAUGACAUUAAGGUAUCAAGCCCUAAGCGCUUGAAUCCGCACGCUUCACCUUUCCAAAUACUGGACUCAAAUUCUCCACCAUUAUCUCCUGCAAAGAGUUGCCUUUUCUUGCCUUUAAGACCAUUUUUUCCUCAUGAGUAUCGAUUCAGGCCACCGCUACCUCAAAUGCUAUCCGUUGUACAGCCGUUGCCGGUGUCUCCGCCGCCUCAUCCUGGCGUAGUUUGCUAUCCGGUACCACGACCACACCACUUGCAUCAUAAUCUACCCACACCAUCUUGGGCAUAUCCUGCUGUGUACUACAAUACCCAUAAGCAGCCGUUGCCUGCAGCUAAUACCGUGCCGUACUAUGUGGAGCAUGUGAGUAAAGAAUCUUCAAUGUAUCACACGAACACACAGCCUGUUGGUAUGGGUAACUUGGAGCGUAAUAACCCUAACUAUGGGCAUGAUGAGAAGAGGUUCCAUGCUGUACAAAUGGGAGAUAUGAACAACUUUGGGGUUUUGGGUUGUAAAGAAAAGAGAGAAAAAACCAGGGCUGUGAAGAAGAGUGAAGCACCAAGGAUGAGGUCAAAAAGAAAAGAGAAAUUGGGUUAUCCGUGUUUUGGAGAACUCUGGGUACCGAAGGGCAUUGCUUCAAAUAAGAAGAAUGGCGGUGGUGGCUCUGGAAGCAAGUUUGGUAAGAAAACUGAUGGUGUUCUCCAUCCUCCUGUUUCUGAUGCGAUUAAUCUUGAAGAGAAUACAAGUCUGAUGAUCAGGAAUAUACCUAAUCAGUUUGAAAGGAACAAAUUGAUGGACAUUCUGGACAGGCACUGCCAGGAAGAAAACGAAAAGGCCGAGCUGCGGUCUGAUCCUAUUAAGUCUGAGUACGACUUUCUGUAUUUGCCUAUGGACUUCAAGAGUCGAGCUAACUUUGGUUAUGCCUUUGUGAACUUCACAAAUUCUGCUGGAGCUGCGAGAUUUGCAAAGAGGUUUCAAAAACACAAGUGGGAUGUGAUGCUCAACAAGAAAACCUGUGAAAUAUGUUGUGCAAAAAUCCAGGGGAAAAAUGCUUUAAGGAACCAUUUCAAGAACUCGGUAUUCCCAUGUCAUACGAAUGGGUAUCUACCAGUGGUCUUUUCCCCUCCUCGCGGUGGUCCGGUUAGCUCAGAGCCUAUUGUAGUUGGUAAGUGUGGAGUUGCAGCAGUAGAUCAGAGGAAAAAAUGGGCUUCCUGCCGAGUCUACGAGCGGAAGAAAAUUCAUGAAGAGCAGAAGUUGAAAGAUCUGAAAGCUAAGAAUUAUCUAUUUCAGGCAUUGGAUCGUUCUAUUUUGGAGACGAUCAUCAACAAAGACACGUCGAAGAAUAUCUGGGACUCUAUGAAGCAAAAAUAUCAAGGAACCACGCGGGUAAAGCGAGCUCAGCUGCAAGCACUACAGAAGGAGUACGAACUUCUCCAAAUGAAGGAUGGAGAAUCUGUGAAUGAGUUUUUUGCUCGUGUUCUUGUUAUAACAAACAAGAUGAAAGUUAAUGAUGAGAAUUUGUCUGUCUUUAAUGUUGUGGAGAAGAUUCUGAGAUCAAUGACUCCAAAAUUCAAUUAUGUUGUGUGUUCUAUUGAGGAGUCCAAGGAUACCGGUAAUUUAUCGAUUGAUGAGCUGCAGAGCAGUUUACUUGUGCACGAACAACGCAUGAGUAACACUGUAGAGGAAGAGCAUGCUUUGAAAGUGACUCAUUGUGGCAAUUACAGUGGGCAACCAAGAGGACGUGGAAGUUACGGAGGCAGAGGACAUGGGAGAAGUAGACAAAGCUUGGGCAAAGCUACAAUAGAGUGCUAUUCUUGUAACAAGCUUGGGCAUUUUCAAUGGGAAUGUCCGAUGAAAGGAGUAGCAAAUUUUGCAGAGAGUCAAGGAGAAAGCCAGGAACAUAAGCUGCUGAUGGCUUAUGUUGAAGAAGGGGAGCAGCACAAAACAGACAUAUGGUUUCUUAACUCUGGGUGCAGUAACCAUAUGUGCGGAAAGAAGGAAUAUUUUUUCGAUUUUGAUAACAAGUUCACAGAAUCGGUAAAGCUGGGAAAUAAUGCCAAUAUGGUGGUUAAUGGGAAAGGAAACAUCAUGCUGGAAAUUAAUGGAAUUGUUACCAUCAUUUCAGGAGUUUUCUAUGUCCCUGAAUUGAAAAAUAAUUUGCUGAGUCUUAGUCAAUUGCAGGAGAAAGGAUUGGCCAUUCUGUUUCAGCAAAGGGAAUGCAAAAUUUAUCAUCUAGACAAAGGUUUGAUAAUGAAAGCAAAUAUGUCUGCAAAUCGAAUGUUUAUUUUACAUGCUAUUUCCUUGCCUGUAACACCUGCCUGUUUUAACACCGUCACCGAAGAUGUGGCUCAACUAUGGCAUUGCAGGUUUGGGCAUCUGGGUUUUAAAGUUUGCAAACUUUGCAGCAAAAACAAAUGGUGA